AUGGCGACGUUCAUUAGCACAACUUUGUGUCUUGUAGCUUGUAUUUUACUGAAUGUUCAAGGGAAAAACGAACUAGUACCAACGUACUUUGCAAGAAAGUAUAAGAAUGGAAGCUAUAUUGAUGCGACUAUUAAAUCCAACUGGUUAAAAAUCACGCUGCGUCCUAGCUCAAUGCUGCUACAAAGUUCAAACACAGCAACUCUGAAUGUUCACCCUUCUCUUGUUAAAAAUGCUCAAUAUGUCAAUGUUACUUGGAAGGGUGUUGAAAAUGCAAGCGCAGAUGAUAUGAUAGCUCUAUAUUGUCCAGAGACAUCCAAAGACAAUGACUAUUAUGACUUCUUUAAUGUGGACCAGUCUUCAACGUACAGUCAAGGUUAUGGUGAAUAUGCUGUGCGAUUAUAUAAUGUGAGGACAAAUUGUGAAAUGCGAUAUUUUCGAUGCGCGAGUAGUUCAACAGGGCAGCAGAAAUUUGUAGCAAGAAGUAAUAUUGUGAUGUUUGAAGGCGGACCCGAGCAGCCAUUACAAAUGCAUCUCGCUUUGACUGGAAAUCCAACUGAAAUGAGAGUGAUGUGGGUCUCUGGCACUGGUGAGGCUUUUUACUAAAAUAACAUGAAGUAUGCAGGCCCUAUUUACCCUGACGUAAAAAUGAACAAGCUGUCCCAGGUUGAAAUCAACAGGCUUGAACAAGGUUGUCCUGCAUCCUAAGAACAAGUUGUUAACAACGAUGUUGCAGCGUUGUGCAUUUGUAACAAUACUGUAACAACAUUGUUGACAAUUUGUUCUGAGGCUCAAGCCUAUCGAUUUCAACCAGAAACAAGUUGUGUGUUCUUUACGCGUGUGGACUUAUUUCAUAUUCACAUAAACCUUAUCUCAGUUAUCCACCUUACCAACCAAAUGUUUCUGUCUACCAGAUCAGGCACCCAUUGUGAAGUUUGGUCGCAGCAAAACAAAACUUGGCUCCAUCGCUGAAGGAAAGUCUCAGACAUACACAGCAGAUGACUUUUGUUCUCUUGAAGGAAAGUUUAUUGAUCCAGGAUACAUCCACGAUGUUCUUCUCACGGCCUUAGAACCAUCCACAGUUUAUUAUUAUUCAUGUGGUGUGACAGGGGUAAGACAAUGUAGACUUACCUACCUAACCAAAAACCAACCCACCGACCCAACCGCCCACCCACCUACCUACCUACCUUGCCUAAACCCAAAAUACCCACCCACCCGACCACCCACCCACCUACUGACCUACCUACCUACAUAUCUUAGCCACGAAAAACAAACGCUAAUAUAUGUUUCACCAAUUCUAUUUCAGCACAUGAGCUCGAUAAGAUCAUUUAAAACAGCACCACAGAUUGGACCAGACGUUGGUUUUAAGUUUAUAGUAUAUGGUGAUCAUGGCAUACUACCAGCGGCCUACACUACUGCUAAAUAUGUUUUAAAUGAUGUAAAGAAUGGUUAUGAGUUUAUUUUUUACAACGGAGACAUCUCUUAUGCCAAAGGCAUGGUAAGUCCAGCUUAAGCUACGUUUACACAGUGACGACGAUUUAUAGUCGGGCCGAUUUCAUGUUUUGCCGAAUGUUAAUGACGAAUGUCAUCAGAUGUCGUUAACGUUUUCAAAUAUCAUUUAAUUAAAGCUGAAUCGGUCCUGAAUUAGCCUUCUCCCGCAGAAUUUUGUUGCAGCCACAAAAACAUUUUAGUGCAACCAAGGCGAAUCCUGCGGAAAAGGUUCCAACCAUUGUUUCAUAAAGUUUUCAUGUGUACCGAACAAUUAAUUGCGGAAGUCUCAUUGCUUUUCCGAGUUUUGUUAACAUACAUUGUUUUGAUACCACACAAACGUGAAGUAAAUAAAUUAAAUACUGGCUGAUUUAACUGAAAAAUGACUUCAUACACUCAAGUUAUACUAUGAUACUGAUAUUGUGAUUUAAAACGCAUCAAAAUAUAUUCAAAAACUCCAACUGCGGCGUGUGAGAGACCAUACACCAUUGCGUCAGAUAUUGCACUCAAAUUUCGGAAGUGUUUAUUGAAACAAUAUUUGAUCUUUUACCAGGAGUAUAUUUGGGAACAAUGGCACGCACUGAUUGAACCAUACUCCAGUAUAGCACCAUAUAUGGUAGGUAUUGGUAAUCAUGAGCAGGACCAUAUUGAUGACUCGGGCAAGGAUCCUAGCGGGGUAAAAGGGGAUGGUUGGCAUCCUUGGUGGGGUACAUUGAAGGAUGAUUCAUAUGGAGAGUGUGGAGUACCAAUGUUCUAUCGUUUUCAUAUGCCUGAUAAUGGCAACUAUGUAUGGUGGUAAGUCUUACCGGUGGUAAGUCUUAUGGUGGUAGUCGUCACCAGUCCCAUAUGAUAAGGAUUCUUCCAAGUUUUCUCUAACCAAACACUUCUCUCUCUUCCCGUUCACCCAGGGCAGCAUGAAUUGUACUCAAAUUCGUCCAGGUUCUCACUUGGAAUAUAUGAAACCAGAUGAAUUCCAGCACAUAGCUAAUAUAUUAUAUAUAGAAUAUAGAAGUUUAGAAUAUAUCGUUGAGUAUUGUCGGUUAAAAAAAUGGUUUCUAUUUAGGUAUAGUUACGACUAUGGCAUGGUCCAUUUUAUCAUGAUCAGUACAGAACACGAUCUCAGUCCAGGAUCGAGACAAUACGUUUGGUUGCAAGAAGAUUUAAGAAAUAUUGACCGUUUAAGAACCCCGUGGGUGAUCCUUGGAGGACAUCGACCAAUGUACACAAGUGAAAUCAAUCCUAGUAUGUGAUAAUAUCCUUGAUCAAAGGCAUUAAUAAUUCAUGAGCGAGAAACUUGACCGAAAUCAGUACCAUAUUACCGUAUAGGCCUACUUAAACAACAUAACUUUUGCCUAAAACUGUCCCUUGCAACCUGCUUACAAUUUACGUUGUCGAAUAGGUGAAUCGUGUGCUUGACUUGAUUCACACAACUCACUGUUGGUUGCAUGCGACAGUUUUAGGCAGAAGUUGUGUCGUGUGACCUUGUGUAAAUCAGCUCCAUAAAUCAAAUGUUGAGUGUCUCUACAAAUACUGGUUUCUUUGAGAAGUUAAUUCAUACAAGAAAACUGAGUUGAUGAAUUAAUAUAUCAGUAGUCAUUUGAAAUACCGAAAAGUGUGUCGACAAACGCAGCCAUACUAUACUUCGAGGUUGUUUAAAAUCUCUGUAAUAAAUGUAAAAUGAUUGUUCUGAUUGUAGUGUAUGAUUAAUAGUAUUUCAAGGAAAUUCAACAUGAAAAAUUCUUGAUUAUGGUCAACGAUACAGUUGUGCUAGUUUCCUCUGUGUUCUGCUCAUGGAUUAUUGGAAGUUUUGAGAGCCACCUUUCACACUUUCCUCAGGUGGCACAAAUACCAAUUGAUUUAAUUUUUUAUUUAGAAAAUUUCGUUGUGGCGUUGGCAUUUCAGGUUCUAUUCGAAGACCUAUUGCACCAUCACAAAGUUGAUUUGGCAUUCUGGGCACAUUACCACAGCUACGAACGCACAUGCGCAAUUUACAAAAAUGCAUGUACUAAGGAUGGUAUUGUGCACAUUGUUAUUGGUACUGCUGGAAAGGACGCUUAUGUCUCGCCGUAUCUGCCACCUAAUUGGUCCCUAUUUCGCCGCCAUGUUGAUCCGUAUGGUUACGGUCGGGUAACGCUCGCGAAUCGCUCGGCUUUACAUUUUGAAUAUUUCGUGAACAGCGAGGAGAAAGUCGUUGACGAGGUUUGGUUGUACAAGGAUAACUAG